AUGGACUCUCUUUCUGAUAUGGGUCUCUCGUUCUCGGUGCAAUUUCCUCCGUUUUGGGUCUCUGUGCUCUGUUCUUCCUCUGUUUCUUCAGCUCUUAUUGGUGAGCCCCAAAAUCUACUGGCCAAAGAUGAAGACCUGUACAGCGCAGAUCUGCAUCGAGUUAAUAGCAAAGCGUUCCUUGGUGGUGAAACAUCCGAUAUGAUUGGUAGAAAGUGGACCAUGGCCUUGGCUGCUGUUGUCUUUCAAGCUGGCGCAGGUGUAAUGGUAUUUGCUCCUUCAUUUGAAAUACUGAUGAUUGGAAGACUCCUGGCCGGCAUUGGAAUUGGCUUCGGUGUCAUGAUUGCCCCUGUUUACAUUGCUGAGAUAUCACCCACCAUUGCCAAAGGCUCACUGACCUCCUUCCCUGAAAUUUUUAUAAAUCUUGGAAUUUUACUAGGCUACGUUUCAAACUAUGCAUUUUCUGGUCUUCCAGCACAUAUAAACUGGAGGAUAAUGCUUGGAGUAGGAAUUCUGCCUUCAGUGUUCAUUGGUUUUGCACUUUUCAUAAUCCCCGAGUCACCAAGGUGGUUAAAGGAGGCAAGCAGUUGCAUUUCAGAGCUAUUGUGGUGA